GCACUUGUGAACGUCAGUGUGUUUGCGGUGUAAGUUGGCUGUAAAUCGAUUGUCGUGAUCGAAGAUACUUUUUCUAUUACACAAGAUGUCGUUCGAGGAGCCGCUUGAGGUGAUGGCGGUGCACAUGUACGAGAAGGAGAAUGCAGAAGCCCAUCGUACCUUCAACUACGAGAUGGUCCACCAGGAUCCAGCGACUCCCGUUCUCCGACGUGGACAGGCGUUCAAUUUAGCCCUGAGAUUCAACCGCGAGUACGUGGACGAAACUGACAUCGUUCGGCUGCUCUUCAGCUUCGGCCCGAACCCCAACGUGCUGCGAGGUACCAGAGGUGUGAGCACGAUCUCCAACAGGGAGGCUUAUCUGACCGAUCUGGAGGCUUGGGGCGUUCGAAUGAUCGCCAAUGACGGGGUGGAUCUCUCCGUCGAGGUGAGAAGUCCGAUCGACAGCCCCGUCGGAGUGUGGCAGUUGAACGUGGAGACUAAUACUCUGGGCAGAAGAAAGAUGCCGUACAGUUACAGCUACGACAAAGAUAUCUAUCUUCUCUUCAAUCCCUGGAUGAAAGAGGAUUUGGUGUACAUGGAGGACGACCAACUGCUCGACGAAUACAUUCUAAAUGACGUCGGGAAGAUAUGGGUGGGCCCAUGGGGUAGUUCCCGCGGCAGGGAAUGGAUCUUCGGACAGUUCGACGCGUGUGUGCUACCGGCUUGCCAAUUGUUGCUCGAGAGAUCCGGCAUCAAGGCGAUUUCCCGGGGCGACCCGGUCAAAAUGACUCGAGCAAUCUCGAGAAUCGUAAAUUCCAACGACGACAAGGGCGUGAUAAUCGGCCGCUGGGACGGCGAAUACGACGACGGCACCGCGCCGGCCACCUGGACCGGAAGCGUGCCCAUUCUGGAACAAUUUUGGGAGACCGGCAACGAGGUCAAGUACGGUCAAUGCUGGGUGUUCGCGGGUGUCGUCACCACGGUGUGCCGCGCCCUGGGGAUUCCCUCGAGAGUCGUGUCCAACCUGGUGUCGGCCCACGACGCCAACGCCUCGCUGUCCGUCGAUCGUUAUUACGAUCUCAAUAACGAGGAGCUCGAAUACGAUCCGAAUAAUCCGAUAGGCGAGGACUCCAUCUGGAAUUAUCACGUGUGGAACGACGUGUGGAUGGCGAGGCCGGAUCUUCCGAAGGGCUACGGAGGCUGGCAGGCCAUCGACGCCACCCCUCAGGAGCAGUCCGACAGCUUUUAUCAGUGCGGACCGGCGUCGGUGGAAGCUAUCAAGCAGGGCGCCGUCGGCUACAACUACGACGUGACCUUCAUGGUCGCCUCCGUGAACGCGGAUCUGAUGCGGUGGAAGGAGGAUCCCGAGAGCGAGCUGGGAUACUCGAAGAUCGAUUGCAACAAGUAUCACGUCGGUCGAAUGAUUCUAACGAAGGCGCCGUGGAUCUUCGAUCCUAAUGGAGACAAGGAUAGAGAGGACAUAACAUCGAUUUAUAAGGCCAAAGAAGGCACUGAGGUCGAAAGAUUGACCCUGUACAGAGCGGUGCGCAGCACCGAGAUGGCGAAGAGAUUUUACUCGCUGCCGUCACCGGGUAAAGAGGAUGUGGACUUCGAUCUCGUCGAAUUGGAGCGCGUCAACAUCGGCGAACCGUUCGCCGUAACCGUGAACAUCGAAAAUAAAUCCGACGAAACGCGCACCAUUCAAGCAAUCCUGUCCGCUGGCAGUGUUUACUACACCGGAGUCAAGGCGAAUUUGGUAAAGAGGGCAUCCGGCGAUUUUACGCUUCAACCGAACGCUGUCGAACAAUUACGGCUUACGGUGACUGUGAACGAUUACUUGGACAAACUGGUGGAGUAUUGCAUCAUGAAGCUAUACUGCAUCGCUACGGUCAAGGAAACCCGGCAGACCUGGGCAGAUGAGGACGACUUUCAGGUUUUGAAGCCAAAUAUCGAUGUCAAGAUCGAAGAUGAGCCGAUGGUCGGAAAACCAUCGACCAUUACACUGAGUUUCAAGAAUCCUUUGAAGAGAACCCUGACCAAUUGUCAGUUCAAUUACGCCGGACCUGGUCUCUCCAGGAACAAGACUCUGGCCUUUAGAGACGUCGGACCUGAGGAAGAUGUUUAUGUGGAGCAUCAGCUUGUACCGCAGAAGGCUGGAGAGCAAAAGAUAAUCGCCACUUUUACGUCGAAGCAGCUGGUCGACAUCACCGGUUGCGCAACCGUCGACGUCCUUGAUGCAGAGUGAACGGCUGCAGAACCGAUUCGAUUUCAUUUCGAUCUUAAUUUAAGUCUCAUAUCAAGGUGCAUCAUUUUCUACUGAAUUGUCGCGAAUUGUCAUGUAUAUCUAAAUAACGUAGACGUUAUUUAGAUAUACAUGACAUAAAUCAUUCCUAGCAAUGAUUCUUGCAAAUCUCGGUAAUUUGCAGAUUAAUUCUGAGUAUUAUUUGUAAUAUUAAUAUACUGAUAAUAUGAAAGAUGAGAACCGCAUGUGAUGACGAAAAGAAAAUAUAGUUUUAGGUGCGAAGAAUAUAUCGUCGAAGUAUAGCACACAUCGAUACAUACACGUUUGAAAUAAUAUGAAAUAAAUAAUUCAACAUUUUUUUAAGUA